AUGACUAAAUACCCUCUCUUCUUUCUCCUCUUUCUCUUUUCCAUUUCUGCUUUUGCUGCCGAACACCACCAUCGGCGGCCUCUUCCACCACCACCUUCUCCGCUACAUCAGCAUCAACUUAACAACAUAAUCGACGCUCUCAUUGGAGCUGGCGACUUCAACAACUGGGCAAACAUGCUUUCGGCCUACGACCUCCUCAUGCUUCCACUUUCAGCUACCCUUUUUGUCCCUUCUGAUGAUUCUUUCUUCCCAUUCCCAGUCCCAACUUCCUCCACCACCGCCGCCUCCUUUGACCCUUUUGUCGUCCCUUACCACAUUGUUCCGCAACGCCUCACUUUCUCACAACUCACCCUCUUCAAGCCUUUCUCUCGGUUGCCUACUUUGCUUCCUUCCAAAUCCAUCCUCAUAACCAACAGGUCCCUCUCCAACUUCACUCUUGAUGCCUCGCGGAUUUCCUACCCCGAUCUUUACCUCACAUCAGCCAUUGCUGUCCACGGCAUUGCCGCACUCCUCAACUACACUGUCUACGGUGGUGAUGCUGGCCUUGUCCAUGGCAUUGCCCCACCGCCACCGCCGCCACCUCCAAUGUUUGAGCCGGUGGGGGAGGUGAAGGGUGAUAGGCGGAGGUCGGAUGCUGGUUGCUUGAAUAGGGAGUUUGCUUUUGUUUUGUUGCUGAUUCCUUGGGUGGUUUGGGGCAUAAAGAUUUAUGGGAUUCCUCUUGGCCUCUGA